AUGCGGUCUAUUCUGAACCUUGUGUGCACUUUUUUGUUGCUGGGCACGAUCGCCUCGGCCUGGUCAUGGUCCAAUCCUGGAGCAGCACUUGGCAAUGCCUUGUUGGAUAGACGUGAUGACACCUCAUCAUCCUCUUCCGCAUCAACCUCCGAACAAACCACCACCACCUCAGUCGCAUCUCAGACGUCCACCGACUCCUCCAGCGAUAGCAAAACCUCCAGCAACACGAAAACCGCCAGCGAUGAAACAACAACGGGCACCGAAACCGGUACAUCCAGCACCACAAAGGGUAAAACAACCACGACGUCGUCGGUCUCGAUCAACGCGGCAGAUGGAGCAGGUGGUAUUUCCAUGCUCACCCCAGACUCGACAAGCACAAGCUAUUACCAAAUUGGACAAAACAUUACAUUUGUCUGGAACUACACAUCCCUCGUCGUGAAACCGACUGCCGUCGACGUCGUUGCAUCCUGCAGCUUGAACAGUGAAACAUACACCGUUACCAAGAACAUGAGUAUGGAAGCUACCGGAACCGUCAUCUGGGACACAGGCAAAUACGAGAGUUCUGCGACCAUCCCGCUGCUGACGGCUACCUACACAUUGUUCGUAUACGACUCGGAGAAGUCUCUCAGUGACACUGCCAGUGCAGGCUAUCUCAGCUCGAGCGUUGGAUAUUCCUUUUCAAUGUACUAUCCUCACAGCCCUACAGCUCUGCCCAGCUUCCAAUGCGUUACCUGCAACGGCGCUUUAUCCGAAAUUUCUAAACAAGGUCUGAAAUUCGUCUUUGGCAUGGCUACGAUUACACUCCUAUCUUUCACCUGGUUUGCAGGUACCUUCGGCCUCUUUUCUCUCUAA